AUGGCGGUUCCAACAGAGGAAGCCAGCGCAUUAACGGCGGGCACCAUACCCAACGGCGAAAGUCACCAUCAGCACUAUGAGAAGAAGACAUCCGGACGAAAGAAGAUCGUUAUUGUAGGGUUGGGAAUGGUCGCCAUCUCCUUCAUUGAAAAAUUACUAAAAUUGGAUGCCGAGCGACGAGAAUAUGACAUAGUAGUUAUUGGUGAAGAGCAGCACCUAGCAUAUAAUCGCGUUGGAUUGUCGACGUUUUUUGAGCACCGGAAAGUUGAGGACUUAUAUCUGAAUUCGCAAGAAUGGUACUCAUCCUUCACGGAUGGGUCGUUCAAUUAUCACUUGAACACUUGCGUAACAGAAAUCGACCCUGCGAAGAAACAAGUUUAUACUUCGACUGGCCAAUGGGUUGCCUACGAUUUGCUGAUCCUGGCAACAGGCUCUGAUGCCAUGCUUCCUGAGACUACGCCGGGCUAUGAUGCCAAAGGCGUCUUCGUGUAUAGAACAAUCACUGACUUGGAACGACUUAUUGAAUUUGCGAGCCACCACAAAGGCGAAACGGGCGUCACUGUGGGCGGAGGCUUGCUAGGCCUCGAAGCAGCCAAGGCCAUGACCGAUUUACGGGACUUUGGCAGCGUCAAGCUGAUCGACAGAAACAAAUAUGUUCUUGCGCGGCAGUUAGACGCCGACGCAGGAGGACUGGUGACCGAGAAAAUUCGAGAACUCGGCUUGGACGUCAUGCAUCAGAAGAGGGUUGCCCGAAUUGAAACAGACGAAGGGAACAAUUGCACAGUUAACUGCAUUCGGCAAGAGCUGACCCAAGGACAUCGACAGAUCGGAGUCAAGCCACGUGAUGAACUCGGCGCCAAAGCUGGCAUUGAAUGUGCUCCUCGAGGAGGGUUUAUCAUCAACGAAAGUCUCGAAACAUCGGUCCCUGGCAUCUAUGCCGUGGGAGAGUGCGCCAGCUGGGAGAACCAGACUUUCGGCAUCAUCGCUCCUGGAAUUGAAAUGGCGGAUGUGCUCUCUUUCAACCUGACCCAUUCAGACAAGGAACGAAAGCGCUUUCAUCGUCCAGAUCUAAGCACAAAGUUGAAGUUGCUCGGUGUUGAUGUGGCCAGCUUCGGUGACUUCUUCGCAGACCGAGAUGGGCCAAGAUUCCUGCCUGGCCGCCGAGCAUCGAUUGAGAAGUUGAGACCAUUUGAAAAAUCGGGAGAACAGAAAAAAACUGCCAGCAAAGUCAAGGCGUUGACAUACAAAGAUCCAUUUGGUGCUGUCUAUAAGAAAUACCUCUUCACUUUGGAUGGAAAGUACCUACUGGGUGGAAUGAUGAUUGGGGAUACCAAAGACUACAUCAAGCUAAACCAAAUGGUCAAAUCUCAGAAGGAACUAGACGUUCCUCCGAGUCAGUUCAUACUAGGCGCACAGAACGGCGGUGAAGAGAAUGCGGAUGAUCUUGACGAUGACACUCAGAUAUGUUCUUGCCAUAAUGUUACCAAAGGUGAUGUAGUGGAGAGUGUUAAAAAUGGCACUUGUUCAACAAUUGCACAAGUAAAAUCUUGCACCAAGGCUGGCACCGGAUGCGGAGGUUGUAUGCCAUUAGUCCAGUCUAUAUUCAACAAAACCAUGCUUGAACUGGGUCAAGAGGUUUCCAACCACUUGUGUCCCCACAUUCCAUAUUCGCGUGCGGACUUGUAUAAUGUGAUUGCCAUCAAGCAAUUGAAGACGUUUGUCGAAGUUAUGCAAGCUUGUGCCAAGAACCCCGAUUCUCUGGGCUGUGAGAUUUGCAAGCCAGCCAUCGCUUCAAUCUUGUCAAGUCUCUUUAAUCCCCAUCUCAUGGAUAAGCAAGUCCACGAGCUUCAAGACACAAACGAUAGGUUCCUGGCCAAUAUUCAGCGCAACGGAACUUUCUCAGUUGUCCCGCGUGUUCCCGGUGGUGAAAUUACCCCUGAAAAGCUUAUUACUAUCGGACAGGUGGCGAAGAAAUACAGCCUGUAUUGUAAAAUCACGGGGGGUCAGAGAAUCGACCUGUUUGGUGCCAAGAAGCAAGACCUUCUUGCCAUCUGGACUGAGCUGAUAGAUGGCGGUAUGGAGAGUGGCCAUGCAUACGCUAAGUCGCUGAGAACAGUCAAGAGUUGUGUCGGAACUACCUGGUGCAGAUUCGGUGUUGGCGACAGUGUCGGUAUGGCCAUUCGUCUUGAAGAACGAUACAAGAGUAUUCGAAGUCCUCAUAAGUUCAAGGGCGGCGUGUCUGGCUGCGUGAGGGAAUGUGCUGAGGCACAGAGUAAAGACUUUGGUCUUAUUGCAACCGACAAGGGGUUUAAUAUCUUUGUUGGAGGCAAUGGAGGUGCCAAGCCACGACAUGCAGAGCUGUUGGCUAAAGAUGUUCCGCCGGAAGAAGUUGUUCCUAUCGUGGAUCGUUUCCUUAUCUUUUACAUUCGCACUGCCGACAAACUUCAGCGUACAGCGCGAUGGAUUGAAAAUCUACCUGGGGGUCUCAAGUACCUACAAGAAGUUAUCUUGGAGGAUAAGCUUGGGAUAUGCGCAGAUAUGGAGCGACAAAUGGAAGAACUUGUCGGCAGUUAUUUCUGCGAGUGGACGGAAACCAUCAAUAACCCAGAGAGACGCAAAUAUUUUGAGCAGUUUGGCAACACAUCGGAGACCGUUGAGACGGUGGAAGUGGUGAAAGAACGUGACCAAAAUAGACCAGCAUACUGGCCGAAGGACUCGGCGAGCGAUGACUUUAAGGGCCAUCAGUGGUCUAGCGUGACAUGGCAGCCGGUCAUUGAAGCCAGCCAUUUCUCCGAUGCGAAACCGCAAGUAUCAUCUGCCAACAUCAAACGGGGCGAUACACAGUUGGCCAUUUUCAAGAUCAAAGGCAAAUACUACGCGACGCAGCAGAUGUGUCCUCACAAGCGCGCAUUUGUGCUUUCGGAUGGUCUUAUUGGCGAUGACGAUUCGGGCAAGUACUGGGUAUCCUGUCCAUACCACAAGCGCAACUUUGACUUGAACGGCGAGCAAGCCGGUCGAUGCUCGAAUGAUGAAGCGAUGAACAUUGCUACAUUUCCUGCCGAAGAACGAGAGGAUGGCUGGGUAUACCUGAAGUUACCGCCUACUGAUGAACUUGACACGGUGCUUGGGACGGAAAAAUGGAAGAUCAAGAAAACCGAAUCAGAGAACCCAUUUGAAAAGGUUGACAAGAUCUACAAGGGUGUGCGAGGAAAGAAGAUCCACGAUAUCAAAGUUCAGACUCGCGAAAUUACCGUGGGUGGCGGUGGCGCCAACGGGAUUGAUUGGUGA